AUGCAUCUCGAUCUCAUCAACCGUGUGCAGGGUGGCCACCUGACUGAUGCAUUGGCAUUCGGAGUUAUCAAACUCCCCACCACCCUCGGGAACAGCGGAGGGGGGGAGAUGUUGGAUGGUCAUGAAGACCAGAGCGAUGUUCAUCUGCUCUUCCGUCGACUUCCCGAUCGAUCCGGAAAAGCCUCAGCAAGUUUGUACUCCCAUCUACACACAAUCUGUCUAGCCAAACACUUCUGCUUGGCCUUGCUUGCGAGGUCGUUGCAAAAGGUCGAAGCACUCGGAUUUCUUACACCCGAACAGAUACGAAUACAAGCUAACUUUGUUCGUACAGCUUUGUUAACUCCGAAAGGGCCUUUCAACUUGAGCGAGUCGAUCAAAAAGCACUCCACUCUGGCCAAGAAGGAACCCCAGAGCCUACAUACGUCAACAAACAUCUACUCUUCCAAGAUGGGGCCAUCUGUGAACACGACCCUGUCGGAACGGAUGAACAGUUACAAUGAUUCGAGCGAUCGAUCGGGGCCGACCUGGAUGCUGCUAGUGUACCACUUGCCAUACCUCCUCCAACUGGGCCUACUGCACCAAAAGUUCCAAUCCAAAGCUUAUGAAGGCCAACGAGACUGGUUGCGGCUGAUCAGGCUCGGCUUGAUCCCGAUCAACAUCCUCCUGGGCUUCGAAAUCAUGCGCAAGUUUUGCUUCUAUCCGUUGACCAAACGGGGGCCCUUGAAUCUGCAGUUCGCAUGUUGGGUGGCCCAUCUGGUCAUGCGCUCGAUCGAGUGGGGGUCCGUCUCAACCGCCCUAGAUGACCCCACCUUCCAACCUACUCCUGACUUCCUCCCCCAGAAACCUCCCUCAAAUCAGCCCUCCAAACCGUCACAACAAGAUGAAAAAACUGAAAAAUCGGCUCUGGAAACCACGACUGAUCCCGGAAAAGAAGAACCAGAAUAUAGCUACAAAGACGUACUCGUAUGGUCAAUCUAUCAACUCACAUCUUUGAGAGGGAUUGAUUACGUCUGGGGAUGGAGAGGACGAAGCGUGGAGAAGCCGACGGUGUUGCAGACGGUGCGGCUACUUCUGAUCUGCCAUGUGGGCCAAGUGAUGGGACUAGUUCCAUUAGUGAUGAUGCGAGACCACGGCUCGCCAACGAAUGCGUUACUGGCACUAGGGAUCCCGAAGUUCGUUGGCCUGGGGAUCCUAGCGGAGGGAUUGGGGACGCUUUCGUGGGGGAUGUUAUGUGUCUAUGGGAUGGAGUUCGGGUUCUGUUUCCUAGUGAUGAUUGCACAUGGGAUCAACCUGUUCUCGGAGCACAUCCUCAAGCUACCAGCCUGGUUUAUGCGAUGGUGGGAUCUCCGGCUCUUCGUCCCUCUCUUCGGCUCCCCUCUCGCCGCCAAAUCCUUGGCUUCACUCUGGUCCUCCCACUGGCAUCAGGUCUAUCGUAGAAGCUUCUACGUCUUGGGCGUCCGGCCCGCUACUAGAUUGGCUGCCAAACUCGGCUUGGCUCGCAAACCUCAACGACUAUUCGGCCUACUAGGGGCUUUCAUCGUCAGCGCUAUUUUCCAUGAAGUUGCCAUCAGUUGGGUAGCUCGACCCACACACCCAUCGCCAUACCAAUUUUUCGGAGUCUUCCCGGGCUCGUUAUUCUACUUCCUCAUGCAACCGAUUGGGAUCCUCAUCGAGCCCUAUGUGAUCCCGAUGAUUCCCGAAUGGCUCGGCGGAGGCUCGCUGUGGGUGAUCCUCUUCACCCUCCUCACCGCCCAACAGUUCAGGAAUCAGUACGCCUUUCAGCAUCGCGUCAUCGAUCACACUUAUCCCCCUUUUAAGGACUGGCCGAUCUCCGGAAUCCUCUGGCCCUCUAGUAUCAUGCAGAAAUAA